AAUGUGCCUGUCUGUGGUGCAAGUGAAUUGGUAAUCAAUCAAUCCAGUUUCUCUGUUCAUUUUACGAACAAUAAUAAAAAAUGCGCAAAUCCCAAGAUAGCUAUGUAAAUUAAAAAACGGUUUGCGCUUGCUUUGGCUUCCCCAAUGAUGGGUACGAAUGGGAACGGACGUCGGGGAGGUGCCAAAAUGCCCGACGUUCGUCGACCCAUGGAAGAAGGCGAUUGUGUCAACGAUAUGGAGAGCCCCGAGCUGGAUUUUGUUUACGACGAUUGCGAUACACAGGCCAACGAGAUAGCCGAGCUGUACAGCUACACUGAACACCCUGAGUUCCAGCUGAAUGUCAAGGCGUUCGAAGAUAUUAUGGAAGAGUUUAAUCUACCGCCCAGUUGGCAGAGGUUGUCCAAUAAGCAACAACGGACGGUUGUGAUGAAGUUGUUAGAGCACCUGGAUGUGGCAGUGAACGACAUAAGAAUGCGGGCGUCUCGUUGUAUCCUUUAUUUGGCGCAGGGAUGCUGGGCGGAGAUGCAGUCAGACGCCGAGCAGGCUCACUGGGCGCGCAUAAACGUGAUGACCCUGUACGACAUGGGCGUCUUCACGGCUUUUGUCGAACUUCUCAACCUCGAAAUUGUGAAAAGCAGCUCUGCUAUAGCUUCAAGGAAACUUGCAGAAUCACUAGCAGACUCCACCAACCUCAGAGUUAUCCUAUCUGUUCUUUAUUUGAUCACUGAGUACAUGAGAACUGAAAAAGAUAAUCCUGACUCUGAGUUUGUACAUUUAGUAAAAAACUUUAAAGAAGAACUUGGAACACCUUUUGGUGACGAGUUGUUACCUGUCAAACUGUUAAGUAUGGUGACACACCUUUGUGCAGGCACAACACCACAUUUUCCCAUGAAGAAAGUUCUACUGUUAUUGUGGAAAAUACUUCUGGUUUACUUAGGAGGGUCCAAGGAGCUGAAAGAAAGGAAAUCACGGCUAAGAGAAAAGCAUGGCCUAGACCCAAUAACUGAAGACACCCUUGAAAUAAUUAAAGGUAUGAGAGCAAGUUCCCCACCCCCAAGUGCCGCAGAUAUGCUUGAAAAUCAAAACCCGGUUGGGAGAAAAAUGAAACUAUCAGAAAAUGAACGCGCUUUGAGAAGGCAGACCUUUAUGAAGCAAACUUCACUGGAUGAAUCUGAUGAACAGAUAUUUGUGGACAAGGAAGAAACGGGCAACGGGUCUGAAGACUACUCCAUGGAGUUCCAGUCUAUGCCUGCGGAUAGUACACAAAACCCAAAUCAAAACCCAAACUGUCCAUAUUACAUGUACUUCAAACAGUUUGAAAGUCCCCCACCACCCCCACCACUGCCACGAAGUUUGCCAUGGCAGUCAAAAGUCCGGCAGAAAGAUAUUGACAUGUUUCUGGAUAAUGUCAGAAUAAAAUUUGUAGGCUACUCUUUACCUGGGGACAGGCAGACAAUUGAUGGCCUCCCGCAACCCAUACAUGAGGGUAUAGAUAUACUAAGAAAGCACAUGUACACCAGUUUGUCUGAGCUUCAAAUUGAAAGAGAAAUUGAAAUAGCCCGCAGUCCCCUAACAAAAGGUGAGAAAGAUGUUGAAGAGACAGAAGUGGAAAUACUGUAUAGAGCCAUGCUGCCAAACCUACCACAGUACAUGAUUGCAUUGUUAAAGAUACUCUUAGCGGCUGCUCCGACCUCUACAGCUAAAGCCUACACUUUCAACAUUAUGUCAGAUUUACUUCCUGAAGAAAUGCCCAUGACAGUCCUGCAAUCUUUGAAACUUGGCAUUGAUGUCAACAGACACAAAGAGAUCAUUGUCAAAGCCAUCACAGCUAUAUUACUCCUUCUACUCAAACACUUUAAGUUAAAUCACAUAUAUCAAUUUGAAUUCAUGUCACAACAUCUAGUCUAUGCGAACUGUAUGCCGCUUGUUCUGAAGUUUUUCAACCAAAAUAUUCUGUCAUACGUUGGAGCCAAGAAUUCAAUACCGAUAUUUGAUUUCCCCGCAUGUGUGAUCGGUGAGCAACCCGAGUUGACAAAAGAAUGUUUGGAUAUUGGAGACUCCUCAGUUCCAUAUUCAUGGAGAAAUGUUUUCUCUUGCAUCAACUUACUGAGAAUUCUCAACAAGUUGACCAAGUGGAAAAACGCGAGAAUAAUGAUGCUGGUUGUGUUCAAAAGCGCGCCCAUUUUGAAACGAACCCUCAAGGUCAGGCAUGCACUUAUGCAGUUUUACGUGCUAAAAUUGCUUAAAAUGCAGACAAAAUACUUGGGACGUCAGUGGAGGAAAACUAAUAUGAAAACCAUCAGUGCCAUUUAUUCUAAAGUGAGACAUAGGUUGAAUGAUGACUGGGCGUUUGGCAACGAUGUAGAUGUGCGGCCAUGGGACUUCCAAGAUGAAGAGUGUGCUUUAAGGGUCAGCGUGGAUCGCUUUAAUCAGAGGAGAUAUGGCUCCGGUGGAGACAUCGAAAUAGAUCUUACACCUCUUGACACGGACAUAAAUAGUGUUCUGGAGUCUAAUGUAGAAUUGGAUGACGAGUUCAAAGACAACUAUGAGCUGUGGCUGGAUCAAGAAGUGUACAAUAAUGAAAUAAACUGGGAUAUCCUUCUCACAGCCUGAAAUAAUCAUCCUAAAUGCAAUAUUACUGUUAAUAUACAUAAAUGGCAAUAAAAGUAUUACGAGUAUUGACGAUCAAAGUUUGCAUGCUGAAACGUUUAGUAUUUAUUGCAGUUUUCUCAUACCUAAUAGUUUUUUUAUGAUUGUAUAAUGUUCUUAUUCAAUAUUUGUUUGUUCAUAGAUCAAUUUGCUUGUCAGGCUACAGACUACAUGGGGUUAGCUAGUAAUGCAUGGUAGAUAUAAAUUCACAUGGAAUAUCCUAGAUAUUGUGUUUUUUUCUCUAUGAUGCACCAUGCACCUCUAUGUGGCCUUAGCCAUACAUCAUCAUUAUACCUAGUUUUAGAUUUAGCAUGACAGCAAAGUUACAUUACACCUUUCUAAACCUUUAGAAGCUUAUGAUCAAUAAAAUUUUGUUAUUAGUUGUGUGAAUUUUAUACUAAUUUUACAUAAUGUUUAUGCUUCAAUACAUACAACUGUAGAUAUACUUAACUUUUUUUAAUGACUAAUGAUGAAUUGUUAAAACUUGUAAUCAUGUAGCGUAAAGUUGGAUAUUUAAUUUGUCGGUAAUCCAUGAAUUAACAUUUAAAUGGAUCUAAGUUGGACAUCAUAGAAUAAGUGAUAAUGAAAUCCCUUGUGACGAGACGAGAACCAGUAUGUAUUUCAUUAAUGUAUGUUUUGAACAUAAUUAUUUUCUACCUUCAUAUUACAGUUUUAAACAAGG